GACCCCAUAGUAAUCUAUGAGUUAAAAAUUAAAAUUUGUAGACACUGUAUUGUCGAUGCUUUAAUUAGUCGUCAACAAUUUGAAAAAAAUUAUUUAUCUAAGAGUGCGGACCGAACCUAUAAAGAAAAAACUAUUAAAGCGAUUUACUUUGUGGAUUUCAUGCAGCUUCGAGGAUCAUAUUUAAGUUUUGACCUUUGGUACAGUUCCAGUUCAUCACAUGUAUUAUUUUUUUUCGAAAAAGAUAUCGAAAGAUUUGUAAAUGAAUUAUCCCAAAUUAAGGAUGAUGAUGUUUAUAAUUGGCUACAAGAGAAAGGAAAGGUUGUUCAUCAAUAUCAAAAAAACAUUUUAAUAGCUAAAUAUCCUCUGAUUAAUGAUAAAAAUAUUGAAAUGAUGUUAGAUAGAUCUUCAUUUUACA